AUGAUGGAGGACGCGCGGGUGCAUGGCUUCCGCUGGCCUCUGCACCCGCUGCAGGUGGUUAGCUGGGUGGUCUUUGGCACCGACGUCGUCGUGUACUUGGUGUUAUGUAUUCCGAUGAUCGAGACGCUGGCAGCGCAGGUGGUGGUGUCGGUGUUCUUUGUGCUCAGCGUGGGAUCGCUGGUGGUGUCCACCUUUCUGGCCACCAAGUGCAAUCCCAUGGAUCCCUAUGUGCUGAGAGAC